CUCUAAUACGAAUCUGGUGGCCCAAAGUAAAAUUUCUCAUUGUAGUUUUCAAAAGUUGCAAUAAUUCAGAUGACGCAAGAGAAUGUUCGAGUCUCAGACAGAACAUAGUAGAAAGAUUGGGCAAAACCUUAUUUUAGGUUAAAGAUAUGGAACAUGUAGAAGAUUCAAGAAACCAAUACUCAUUAUUCAUCCUUCUAUAAAUAUCGCAUGCCAUCUUCAAACAAAAUUAUCCAAAGUUUUAAAUCCCUUCUUGCAAAAAACUUUCAUCCAAAAAAUGUCACUCAUAAGCAAUUUAUUCACCAACACAGAGCCUUUUAUUUCUCUGAUCAAUAUGUGCCCAGUGUUGAGCACACCAAUCGACUGGAAAGAGACCCCAGAAGCCCACAUUUUCAUGGCAGAUCUUCCUGGGCUAAGCAAAGAGGAUGUGAAGGUUGAAGUGAGUGAAGGAAGGCUUUUGCAAAUCAGUGGGGAGAGGAAAUCAGUGGAAGAUUCUGAUAAAAAUACCGAGAAAUGGCAUUGCGUCGAGCGCAACCGUGGCCACAGUUUUUGCCGCCAGUUUAGGCUGCCGGAGAAUGCUAAAGUUGAUCAACUCAAGGCCUCCAUGGAUAAUGGAGUCCUCAUUGUUACUGUUCCUAAAGAGGAGGUGAAGGUGCCAAUGAAAAAAAUUAUUGAAAUUGAAGAAAAGUGAUUACAACAAAUUAUGUUUUAUUUUCCAUAAAUUUGGAGUCAAAUGUUUCGAAUGUUGUGUGUACUGUAAACAAGUGUGGUGACUGGUUUUCUGUGUGUUGCUGUAAUGUGAUUUGGCUGAACUUCUUCAAGUAUGUCGAAUAAUAUAAUUAAAUAAGAGUUAGUUAAUUCGAAUUUCAACUUA